GUUUGAUGUUGCCUGUUUUUGUCACUUUUUCGUUACUCCAAGUGGACUCAUUGCCUUUCACGGGAGCAGCUGGAUCUCCGGACCCUUUCACGUCUGUCGCAUGUUCUCAGGUUGAACCUGCUUUCAUCGGUGAAGAGCAAAGAGCCAGUGGCAUAGUUGCAAAUUCUGGUGGUCUAUGGCUCUACAGUGAUUGGCAGUGAGCACACGGCUCUCUACAGGAUGUCAGGCUCUCAGACCAUCCUCAUGGAGCCCUUUUCUGAUUGUUUGGUCAGGAACAUUCACACCGGUGGCCUGCUGGAGGUCAUUUUGCAGGGCUCUGGCAGUCUCCUGGAAUCUCCUACAGGACGACAGGUUGGUCCUCAGACUGUCCAGGAACUCAAUGAUGUGCUGGUCCAGAUCUGGGUGGAUAUCCCUCAGGAGAACAUCCGACACCUCAUCAGCGGCUGUGCGUCCCACUUUUUCCGAAGCCGUUCGAUGGCGGCCGUCGUAUGGAUGCUGUGGAGCCUGGCGCUGUAUAGUCAAAGCGUGGAUUCCUCCAUUUGCAACGUCACCUGCUUCACUGACUACAAAAUCCUGGUUAACUGCUCGUGCGCUGGCGUUCCUGCGCGCCAGCUACGUCUCCGCGUCAACUGCAGUGACGGUGAGCUCACCGCGGCCGACGGUUGCCAUGUGACGCCUCCCCGCUCUUGGUGCGUCACCUACCCGGCGGCGCUUUACGACAUCGCCGCCGUAGGGACCGAGUGCACGACGGCGGUCGGGACGCAGGAAGGCCCCGAUAGCGAGUUUUCCAGCUGGGCGCUCUACGACGCGGUGAAACCUCCGCCGCCUUACAACGUCCGAGUGACCGGCUCCUCCGACGACUCUUACAACAUCACGUGGGAGCACGACGACGCCGAGUACGGCUGCCUGCAGUACAGCCUGCGAAUCCGAGGUCCUUCGCUGAACCCGGCACGCUCCUUUCCGGUGGACGCGACGUUCCUGACGGUGAGGCGCGAAUCGCUGCCGCCUCAAGCCGAAUUUCGCGCAGACGUACGGGGAAAGUUGUGUCCCGAUAACCCGGCGCAAGGCCCUUGGAGCGAGUGGAGCUCCUCCGUCAAUUGGACCCCCGCGUCCAUAAAAUCUGCUGACAUUCCAGUGAGAGGAUCCCGACUCCCCGCCCUCUUGGUUGUCCUCGUCACAGUUGCGGCGCUGCUGCUGGCCUGCUCUCGCAAUCCGUUGUUGCUGAAAAGAAUCCGAAUGAGCACGUACGUAUCCAGGCCGCACGACUUCUUCAAGCCGCUCUACCUCAACUACGGAGGCGACUUUAAGGAAUGGGUGAAGCCCACGUUCAGCGAGCACGACUUGUUGCGAAACACCUCGCCGACAGAUCCAACCGCCACCGUCGACAAGCCGAUCUCCCAAGGGGACCACGACGAUACACCGCGCCUUCUCCGCUGUCCCAUCCUAUCCAUGGGAAAAGGCCACGUGUCCAUCCACACGGUGACCGUGCAAGAAGAUGACGACAACGGUCCCGAUUUCGAGCCGCCGGCGGAAGAGGACGCCCUAUCGGACGAUGGGGAAGCGGAGAAAUCCUGUCUGUCGGACGACGGCUACCCACGCCUAGACUUGGACACGGCGGAUAGCGGUUUCGGGGAAUGCGCCAGCCCAACCCAAUCGAGCUCGGGACAACCGGCUGAUUUCCUAGAUGAUGGGCUCAUCUCGCGCUCCAACUACGUCAAGCAGUGGAUUAUGGGUAACGACGCCCAAGAUGCUCUGACUUCAACACUUGAGUAGUUGGAGGCAUCUCACAAAUCUUUUUUUUUUCUUCUUUGAUUAGUAGGUCUGAUUUCUAAUAUUUUUUUCUAAAAUAAUUAUUAGUGUUGCACCGAUACCAUUUUUUGGGCCCGAUACUGAUACAGAUACCUGGCUGUGCAGUAUCGGCCGAUACCGAUACCAUUCCGAUACCACUCUGUUUGCAAAAAAAAAAUACAUAUAAAUAUAUGUACGUAUAAGGGAUGCAACGAUACAGUUAAGUCACGGUUCGGUAAGAUUUUCGAUACAAUUGAAUACAUUUAAUGCUGUGAAACAGAUAAUACAACUGUUAUUAUUAUUAUUAUUUUUGCUAACAAGCAAAAAUAACGGUGCCAUCAUAUAAACAAGCAUUUUAGUGCAUAAUAUUUAUGUGCUUACUUCUUACUGAUCUGAAGAAAUUUUGUAUACAAGUGCUGAGAAAAAUCUUUACUGUUUGUAAAGUGGGGCACUCUGUUGAUUGCUGCAGCUUUCUUAGCAGCUAUAUUUACCAAAACAUCCUAUUUGAGGUCUGAGUCCAUCUGCAACAUGUACUGAAAUAACAGUAUUUGCAGCAUUAUCUAUAGUCACUGGUAUGGUUUGAUUUGGCUUGCUUAACUUCCAUUCAGUCAUGGCAGUUUCUAAUUCAUCAAUGUAGUAUACGGACUACGUGUCACUCUGGGCUCACGCAGCUAAUGGCAUGGGGUCUAAUGCAGUACAUCUAGGUUGCUAUUUGAUGAUAUCUAGUGUGUGCGCGCGCGAGAGUUGGCAUGGGAUCUUACAUAGUACAUCUAGGUUGCUAUCUGAUGAUAUUUAGUGUGCGCGCUGUGCCGCUUGAGUGUUUUCUGGCCCCAGAAGUCACUUCUGCUCAUUACUGCACAACACCAGCAUAUGACAAUUGACUUUCAUAAACAGGACGAGUUUGAAGUACGGCACUCUUAAUUUGCCACUCAUUGUUCAUCAUGAAACCAUGAGUUUGCUUAGUCUCCCACGGUCUUAACGUCUCUGAUCCUAUCGGCGCUACAACAGCAAGUGUUAGCUUACGCGUGCUAAUCGUUUGUGCAUGCCAUUUUAGAUGACUAGCGUAACAUCGCGAAUAUGCGUUGUAGUGAACAUCCUUAAUAUUGAAGACGGAGGUGUUAAUAUCGUUUGGUCAUUUCGAGACAAAGACAUACAGAUGUCAUGCAUCGGGAUUUGGGAAAUUAGCUCACGUGUGGAGGACAGUACAUUUGCGUUCAUGUGAUGCCAGUAGAUGGUAUCGGCGCACUAAAUGUUGGUACUCGUCGAUACCGAUACCACCAAUUCGGGCCGGAUCGGCGACCCCUGCAGAUACUGGUAUCGGUGCAACUUUAAUAAUUAUUCACAUGCCUUUUUGAUACAUGUUUUGUCACAUUAAUCAAUUCCUUAUUUGCUUUCCUGUUUUAAAGGGGAAAUGUGAACUAAGGUUGGCCAACCAUGUUUUUGAAUAAUAUCAAUGGCUAAACAAUUAUAAGCAUAUUUUCUUUUUUUUUUUUUUUUUUUUUUUUAACGCAACCCUUCCAGAUUCUUUGUUUAACCCAUAGCAACGCCCUUGACAACGAAAAUGCUUUUCUUCGGCAAUCUUCGGAAAUCUUCGGAAAUGACGUCACACCGGGAAGUGCGAGGGAAGUCCGCCAUAGAACAGUAUUGUUUGUUGCAUUGCUUCUCGGUAAGAUGCCACGGCGGUGUGUGGCGGUGUUUUGUUCUCACUCAAACGAAAAGUUGUAUGAGUGGCCAAAGGAUAGCAGGCCACGUAAAUGGACAUCUUUCGUUCGCACGAAGCGAAUGAAUUUCCCGCCAUCAUCGAGUACUGUUCUCUGCUGCAAACACUUCGAAGAUGCCUGCUUCCUUAACCGGUCUGCUUAUGAUCAAGGAUUUGCCAAAAACUAAGUGUGAUUUUUAGAUAGAUGACUGAUGACUUUGUCAAAGCAGAGCUGCCAACUGUUGUGGAAUGUACAGUAUAAGCUAGCGAUGUUAGCCGAAAGCCAACUCGUGGCAAUAGUCGUGGCAUAGUUGUUGUUGUGUUCGCUAGUGUUACGGCCGAAGGGCGUAACAUAAAACGAGCCACACAAUUUCACAAGUGGCACAAAUUUAUUUACACAACAAUCAAACUCGCAAUGAAUAUGUACAAAAUGUGGAUGAAGCGCGGCUUCAGGGUAAGCCCAGGCCAAAACAACAAACAAAAGGAAUCUACACUUGAACCCCACCCGCUAACUAAACCCUGAUGAUGAAAAAGAACAAAGAAAAGACAGCCACUAACCUAGCUUCUUACGCUAAACAAAACAGGAGAAAACUGGCUGAACAGAAAUGGCGACUUACCCCUUCUUGCUUCAGUGCUAUUAUUUACAAUGGUGAACAAAAACGAUCCAAUAACGAAUAAACACAAAAGACCUCACCGAAAAAGCGGGCGUGUAUCAGACCAGCGAUCAAAUGCAAACGAGCGUGAAUGCCGAGUAAACAGCUGGCGAGGAGGACCGCGGCAGAAUGCUGUCAAAUGCGACCUCCCAGAGCGUUGACAGCGGCAGGUUUACACCGCCGGUGAGUUUGUGCACAUUUAUUUGUAUUUGUAUUAUGUAUUUCCACCUUCAUGCUUCAAGCAUUGCAUUGCAUUUGUACGGUUCGGCGUUUCUUUCACGGUGAUCGCUUGAUAGCCUUCUAGUUUUUGUUUCGCGAGAGCCGCUGACAGGUGACAGCGAGCGUGUUGGCAUUGAGUCAGUCUCGCAGCGAAUCUCCAUUCCAUGUCAGGUAGUCUAGGCACAUUGUUUGCAUCCUGAUUAGCGUCUGGCUAAUACAUGUUAGGUCCAACAUAAAAUUCCAAGCUCCUCUUCUUCCUCCAACUCUUCAAAAACUUGGAUCUCCUCCCUUGCGCUCGAUCUAUCGCUUAUAUCGCUGUUUGAAUCAUUGUUUGAAGGGCUUUGUAUGGCGGCCGUAUGGAGCGCUGCCAUCGCUGUUCUCGGUGUGACGUAUCACUUCCGGGUUCGUCCCCUUUCAGGCCGGAACUUCGGAAAUGCGAUUAUUUUGUCAAAUAUACAACAUAUAAAUUAUUUUUUCAUGCUUUAUUUGUUGGACAAUGUUUAACUACUUUAAUUGUGACCCUAUUUGGCAUGUUAUGAAAUUACUUCACAUUACAGCUUUAAAGCACCACAUUGUAACUUUUCAGUUUUGGUCGAUAUUAGCGACACCGGUGGACAAAAUCGGAAGUGUUUUGCCUUAAGGAAGACUGCUUUUCCCAUGAGGGCCAGCGCACACUCGUACAGUGUAGUAAAAUCAUCAAUCAAUCAAAAAUCAAUCUCCUGGUUGCCUGUAGAUUGAUGAGACAACAUUUCUGUUUCCAGCGACUGCGUGAAGGAUGAACAGUACCGUAAUUUGCGCACUAUAAGCCGCUACCCACCAAAUUUUGCACAAAAACGACAUUUGUUCAUAGAUAAGCCUCACUGGAAUAUUAACCGCAGCUGUUCUCACUGCAUUAUGGGAUAUUUACACCAAAAGAAAUUAACCACUGACACGUUAUUUGAAAGCCGCAUCAUACAACUGUCAUAAAACCAAAUGAACCACCAUGAAGCUUUGAACUAAUUGGCUGCAAAGCUAAGCAAUGCCUCAAGAGGCUUCAUUUGGCCACCACUGCUC